AUGGCUUCAGCUAGUUUAUCUAACCCUGCCACAAUAACUGCCAACAUUAACUCUAUUCCCAUGCUUAAUGGGACAAAUUUCAAGGAUUGGAAAGGGAAAUUACUUGUAAAUAUUGGUUGCAUGGAAUUAAAUUAUGCAUUAAGGCAAGAACAACCUUCACCUCUCACUGCAGAAAGCACUCCUGACGAAAAAUUGGAUUUUGAGAGGUGGGACCGUUCUAAUCGCAUGAGUUUAAUGAUCAUGCAACAAUGUAUUCCAGAAGCCUUUAGGGGCACUGAAUCUGAAGAGAUCACUAAGGCCAAGGAUUUCCUCGAUGCAAUUGAAAAACGUUUUGCUAGAAAUGAUAAGGCUGAAAUGACUUCACUUCUAGCUUCCUUGAUGUCCAUGAAGUAUAAGGGUCGAGGAAAUGUUAGGGAGUACAUUAUGGAAAUGUACCAAAUUGCUUCAAAACUUAAGGCACUUAAGAUCGAGCUUUCUGAGGAUUUGCUUGUUCUUAUGGUUUUGGUAUCUCUUCCUGCACAUUUUAAUCAGUUCAAAGUCAGUUAUAACUGUCAAAGGGAGAAAUGGACUCUAAACGAGCUCAUUUCUCAUUGUGUGCAAGAGGAAGAAAGGUUGAAGCAAGAUAAAACUGAAAGUGCUCACUUGGCCAGUGCCUCUAAGGAUAAGGGCAAGAAAAGAAAGCAUGAGAAUGAAGCUGCUAAGGGUCUAGUGCAAAAGAAACAACAUAAGGAGCCAACAGGUUGUUUCUUUUGUCGCAAGACUGGACAUGUGAAGAAGGAAUGUACAAAAUAUCACUGUUGA